GAGAAUGAGCGAGAGAGAGAUAUAAAACCACGUAGGGGAGAAGAACAGCAGCGCAGGCAGACUUCAGCUGAAUCCCUUCCAGCUGCCAGCACACACUUUUGUGAGAUAAUGGAUGCUUUCCAACUUCUCUUCCUCGUUGCUGUGGUGACGUCCAUAUCAGUAUGGAAAUCAGAUUCCACCCAAUCAGGAUGUAUAAACUUGGAGAACUUUAAAGUUUUUGAAGAUGAAUCUUUUUUUUUUGUGCCUUUAAUUCUGGACCACCCACACUUCAACAGUAAAAAUUUUACGUGGUAUAAAAAGAGCACCCAAAUUCAGAAUAUUUCCUCUGAUGAGAAAGACAGGGUGCAUUACAAUGGUGGAGCACUGUUUCUUUUAAACGUCAGCACCGCUGAUUCUGGUGAUUACACUGCUCGGGAAAUAAGGACUUCAGGACGACGUUUGAACCAUUGUGUAAAAAUCGAAGUCUUCAAUGCAAGUUACAGGGGAAGCAAGAUGCUCAACUAUGGAGAAAUCAAAAACUCUGAUGAGAACAAAGAGGUCCCAUGUCCAGAUCCAGUCAAAUACACAUGUGACAUGUUAAAGGGAAACAUCACCUGGUACAAGAACUUUACUCUUCUUGAAGGUCGGCAUGAAGCCAACCUGUGGGUGAAUACUGCCACCAAAGACGACCAGGGCCUCUACACCUGCAUUUGCACCUGGAUGCACAAUAACAGGGUGUACACCUCAUCAGCUUCCAGGGAACUUAUACUGCAAGAAAACGCUGUGCACAAACUAGUAAUUCUCAACCCAACUAACAAGUCGCGGGAGCAGUUUGCCGAUGAAGGCUCUACGAUCAAGCUGAAUUGCUCAGUUUCAUGUGGGACUAAUGUAAAACAUGACUGCAAUGCCACCUGGAAGAUCAAUGGAGCUCCUUUCAAAAACAAGGAUGGGUACAGUCAAACUAUCAAAAUAGAAAUUGAUGAACGGUCAAAGACUACCACUGCCAGAGCAAUCCUGACCAUUGAAAAAGUAUCUGCAGAGGAUUUUAAACAUACGUUUGAGUGUUUUGGCAUGGGCUAUUACACAAAAGAGACUGCGCCUUUAAUUCUUAAGCGGAAAGAGUCCAUAAUUCCACUCGCCAUUGGAGGAUUAUGUGUGUUGUUUAUCGGUGCCUUAGUUGUUGGGCUGAUCAAAUACUUUGCUAUUGACUUAGCUCUGUUAUUACGACCCUACUUCCCAAUAAGGAGCUGCAAUAAAGAUACAAGGAUAUAUGAUGCCUAUGUGGUCUAUCAGACGCAGAGCAUAGACAAGGUCACGGAGGACACGCUCUCUCAGUUCAUCACAAAGACUUUGCCCUCUGUCCUCGAGGAUAAAUGUGGAUAUCGACUCUUCAUUCACGGGAGGGAUGACGUACCAGGAGAAGACCGCCUGGAGUUGGUGGAGAAAUGCAUGAAGCAGAGCAGGAGGCUGAUGGUCAUCCUCACACCAGAUUUGGGAUCAGGGCCCGUGAUCACAGACAGACGGCCCGCCUCACCCGAAACCUCAGUGGUGGGAGGGUUUGACUGGCAGGUGGGGCUCCACCAUGCACUGGUCCAGAGGGAACUCAGUGUGAUUCUGAUCCAGCUGGGGGACAUUGGGCCACAAGGAUACGCACACCUUCCCCCUGCCCUGCAGCACCUGAUUCGUAGGAGUGCCCCUCUAAGGUGGCCCGAGGGCUCUUGGAGCGCUGCAGCAUGGAACUCGCGCUUCUGGAAGAGAGUGAGAUACCUGAUGCCUGCCAGACCUGCCAAAAAUGUGCACAGUCUGCUAUAACCUUUAAAUGAUUUACUUUUAAUUAGCUGUACAUAUGUAAGGAAAGGGUGAUCCCAAUUUACAUGCUUUGUAAAUCACAAGCAGCCAGUAAUUACAGACAUUUUCAUACAUGAUCAUUCAUUUGUUUUACUUCUAAGCCGGCUAGUGACAAAUACACUUCUGGCGCUGUCUCUGAAUCUUUUUUUGGUAUUACUCAGCUUCAGCCUGACCUGUCAGAGGCUGCUUUUUGUUCACCAGUAAUGGACCCAGUAGUCUUGCCCCCUCUGAGGUGAGGGAGGUCAUGAUUGAUGCUGUAGAAAUGUGAUGUAAUGAGUGGUUGAUUGGGCCUUCUGAGGAGUAUAAGGAAGGAGUUGUUGUCAAACUCCAAAGACUGGUUUCUGGCUUUCCUCAACUAUUAGCUCUUUCAUGCAUGAAUUAUGAGAAACUGUGUGACAGGCAGGAUUGGACCGCAAUAUGCAGACUCUGGAAACAGGAAAACGUCAUUAUAUUAAUAAAAGAGACACAAACUAGUACUGAAACUAAUUUGAUUAUUAUUAAAACUAAAGUGAAACUAAACAUUUUCAAACAAAAGAAACUAAACUGAAUGGAACAGAAAGGAAAAAAUUGAAAAUUAAAUUUAAAAAAAUGUAAAAAGUUCAAAAUAUUAAAUUAUGCACAAACUAUUUAAAUGUGUGCAACUGCUUGUUUGCUUAUUUAUAUUCAAAUAAAGCUGAGGCUGGUCAUGUAGAAAGCCUAAAUCCAAAUACUUUUGACACAAAAAGCUUUUAACUGUGAAAAUACAUGAAAAACAUUUGCAGCAAUCUUUCAGUACAAGAGUAAGAAAUACUUUAUACUUGUUUCAAAAGCUGGGAAACGACUGUGUUGCAGCACUCAUAACAUGAAAAACAAUUUAGCUCAAUAAAAUAACUUCACAGAAGAAAAUGGUUUUGUUCAAGAUUAAUAUAAUAAUCUAUGAAAUUUACUGUAAUGGUUGCUUGUGAUUCAUGAAAGGUGAAUACAGUGGGAUCACCCUUUCCCUCAGUGAUGGAUAUAUGGAGCCUCAUGAAGCUUUGAAGCUUUCCAUCUAGUUGGUUCCAAAAAGAGUUGUUUCUCAAGGCUUCAUGUGCACCCCCCCCUUUUUGCUGGUCAAAAGCUUUAUUGCCUUCAUUCAGCUACUGUAUGUGUGAUGGCCUCUUGGCUGUUUUGCAACAAUGUCAGCAUGGGAAUAAUUACUGUC